AUGAGACCCGAUUUCUUUCCUAUUGAAGACGAUGAUGAAGAGCUUUUUGGCAUCAUGGCCGAAUGUGUUGAUUUCCUUGAACAAGGUGAAUCAUCAAGACCAUACAUACCUCGUAUGGUCGUCGAAAGAGAUCGUUAUGGUGCUGACGAGCGCCUAAUGGCAGCUUACUUUAACGAAAACCCAAAGGAUGAAUAUUUGCGUAGACCAACAUCGGAUGACAUACAACGUUUGUACGCUCGACAUGAAGAGCUUCAUGGCUUCCCAGGCAUGCUUGGAAGCAUUGAUUGCAUGCACUGGCCUUGGAGGAACUGUCCCAAGGCAUGGCAAGGUCAGUUUACGCGUGGUGAUCACGGUCAUCCAACCAUCAUGCUUGAAGCAGUAGCUUCAUACGAUAGGUGGAUCUGGCAUGCUUUUUUCGGCACAGCUGGUUCGAACAAUGAUAUAAAUGUUCUGAACCAGUCGCCUUUAUUUAGGGAAAUCAUUGAAGAUCGUGCACCUGAUAGCUCGUUCAAUGUUAAUGGCACCCACUACAAAAAGGGUUACUAUCUCGCAGACGGCAUUUAUCCCGAAUGGUCGAAUUUUGUAAAUCGUAUUCAUGCCCUCAAGAUGAGAAGCGGAAGAAAUUUAAAAAGUUUCAAGAAAGUGCCCGGAAGGAUGUCGAGCGUUGAAGACGCGGGGUACGCCAUAAGCUCACUCAAGGAUGGAGACGACAUUGAUCCAAUCGUCUUACCAGAGCGUACGUUCGAGGAAAGGAUUGCACUUCACCAACGUACCAGCAAGGAGCUUCGAGAUCGCAAUGUGCAUCAUGCUCUUCGUCAUGAUCUUACGGAGCAUAUAUGGCGCCUCCCGGCUUAA